GACCACCGUCGACUUGGAGUUCUCCAUUGCCACGACAACACGUCGCUAUUACAGCACGGUCUGCCCCGCCAGCUAUAGCUGCGGAUUCAGCACAGUCCUUCGUUCCAUAUUCCUUCGAUAGCGGAAAUCUCAGAACAGACCAGGUCCAUGAAGCUUGAACGAUAACGCACUGUUUUAUUCUAACACCGCCGUCAUGGCAGCACAGGCAGGCUUGCCGUCGCAUGAACCCCCGCCAUCGCCCGAACAUGGUAGACUAACUAACAUGUUCAAGAAGCUUCUGGGGAAGGACAACAACCAUGCGCUAACAUCCCCGACAACGAACCCUGAAACAGAAUCUAGGGCGUCUCUAGAUUCAACACCUAGCUCGGGCUUACUGCGCAGGGUUUCGAGAAAGGUGGUCCCGGGCUUGCCCCGCGCUAAGACCUGGAAGAGACAACAGUCUGAAGUGAGGGAGAAGCUCGAGGUCAUCGAACCCACGCCAGUGGAACGUAGGGCCGUUUCUGUUGAUAGACGCAUGCGCGUUCAGCGCAGUGUUUCCCAUGUGAAUCAGCCUCUUCCGCGCUCAAGUGCGCCCGACUUUCUCGACGACGCCCGGGGCUCGCUUAGCCCUAACACCGGGGUCUCCCAGCCGAAAUCACCAAAAUCAUCGACUCCUCAGACCCCUAUCGACGAGAAACACUUCUUAAGCCUGCAAGAUGCCAGUACUGCCAACAUAGCUCCGGAUACGGCUCAGGAUGCAGCCCCGGAUGCGAUCCCGGAGCAUCGCGAUUUACUCCAACCGGUAAUCAGCCGCGCCGAAUCUCGAACACCUAUCGAUGGCCAAUCUACUACGACGUCUCAGUAUGAUGCACUCAUUAAUGACGAAUUGGAGCGAAAAUGGAUUCUUAAUCUGAGUAUGCACUUUCGAGAUAAAUCUAGGAGAGAAAAGUUUUUCGUCACAUAUCGCGAAGAUGAAUAUGUAUGGAGACGGGUAACUAUCUCCCUAGAUUACCGAAAUGCCCCAGAUGACUCUCUAGAGAAAGAUUUACUACAUAUCAAAUUCCAAAGGGAGAAGAGUGCCAAGAUCUACGAAGCUAUACGGGAAAGCCUCCAAGACAUCCAAUUCUACGCGACAGUCACCAAUCUUAAGCUACAAACGACAGAUAAAAGAUUGCACGUGCAUGUGGUAGAAGACGUCAACGAGAUCAUAAAUUAUCCCACCGUCCGCAUGAUUCAACAUCUAAAUUGUCAACGCAUCAGGGAGAGAGAUCUCGUAUUCGACUCUCACAUGUCAGGCUUUGUCUACAAGGUCCGUGUCGGUGGGAAGACGCUCAUUAAGAAAGAAAUCCCAGGACCAGAUACAGUAGACGAGUUCCUUUACGAAGUCAACGCCCUCAAUUCCCUGCGAUUCUCCCGCAACGUUAUCGAAUUUCAUGGUGUGGUAGUUGACGAUGAAGACGAGUCCGUCAAGGGCUUACUCAUCAACUAUGCCGAGAAGGGUGCUCUCAUUGACGUGAUAUACGACUCGCAAGAGGAAGGCCGUUUCCUGCCGUGGGCUCUUCGAGAGAAGUGGGCAAGGCAGAUUAUCCAGGGCCUAUCGGACGUUCAUGAAGCUGGGUUUGUACAAGGCGAUCUUACACUCUCUAACAUUGUCAUCGAUUACGAAGACAACGCAAAAAUUAUAGACAUUAACAGACGAGGUUGCCCCGUUGGAUGGGAACCUCCGGAGGCAACUCCACUCAUCGAUAGUAACCAGCGGAUCUCGAUGUAUAUCGGUGUAAAAUCUGAUCUUUACCAGUUAGGAAUGGUAUUGUGGGCGCUCGCGACGUUGGAGGACGAGCCGGAAGCGCAUCGCCGCCCACUUCGUUUGAGUCCCGAGAUCGAAGUCCCCGAUUUCUAUCGCACGAUGGUGGAGUAUUGCUUGCACGAGGAUCCACGUGUCCGACUUCAAGCUACCGUACUACUAAGGUUGUUCCCCGAGCCCACUCACGAUGACGACUAUGACAGGCACACGGUACCCUCGAUUUCCGUCGACGAUGGAUUUUCUUUAAGAGAAUAUACGGUGGGCGGAUAUCAAGGUAACGGUCAUCUGCAAACAAAACCAAUUCCGCCUCGAGAUACUUGGUCAUUUUCCAAUUUCGGUAAUACACAUGCUACGUCGCCAGGUUUCUCCGACGAUCCGUUCUACUACCCAUCGAGGGGACGAUCUCCGCCUAGAUCAUUACCGAGUAACCACGGCAUGCCUAGUCCGCAUUACUUUGAACAACGCGACGCAUGGCUCAAUAACAAUACAGAUCCGACUACCAACGCCAUGGAACCGAAAGAGAAUACGGCCGAUACCCCAAGAGAAGGGCGUUCGACAGCAGACGUAGUCGCGAAAGUGGAACGAGACUUGAAUGAAUUAGCGGCGGAAGAAACUCGGACGACUGGUGGUGAAAACCAGACGAAAGAAGCCGCGUUGGCAAUUAGCGCCGACAAGCCGCCUAAGGUAGCCGCCGAGGACGUCGAAAAGGCCUUACCUUUCACUGACGACAAUACAGAAGCUGUCAUACCUGCUGACGGUCCUACGACGAAGGCUGCGCUGGCUGAAGAGCAAACUCUGGAAGUUUCGCAACCACGGGGCGAGAAUGAAGCUUGGGGACAAAUUGGAGUAACACGACUCGAUGAGCCAGGGGAUGCAGGAACGUCCGUAAUCCUAGCACCUAACCAAACCCACGAGGUCAUCCGGCCUCCUACAGAUGAAGAUGGAGGAUUUGAAGUAUCAAAUCAUUAUACACACGACAGUACAGAUAUACAAGCGCUACAAACAGAAGCAUCACCGUCUAGGACAGCCGAGUUCCAACCUAAUAACGUUCCAUCCGACCUGACGGGUAUCGGAUCGAAAUACGACAGCUACGUUCCUCAAAAUAUAAACUUCUCAGACGAAGACCUAGAGCCCAACACGACAGCCCCGACGACGAAUGUGGCAUCUCAAGCCUAAGAAAUUUGCGAUUGAGAGAUAUGCGCAUUUGGAAAUAGCUGUUGAGAUACAUAUAACAGCGGCGCACGGAGUCAUUUAUGCAUAAUGCAAUUUUGGGAUGCUAUUUUAGGAUAUCCUGUUUUAUGAAUUUUUCUCGGGCAUUUACAUCUAUUG